AUGAGUUACCGUAGGAAUAUAUUAGAGUUCCACGCCAGAGAGAAACUGUCUCUGCCAAUCGUCAAGUUUCCGAAAUUUCAGCUGCGUUCGCUGUUAAUAGAAAAAGAUCCAGUUAUUUGGUUGCGCCAUUUGGAGACAUAUGUUGCAUAUAUUCAAUACUUGUUGGGUGAAGGAAGAGUGGAUAACCUAGAUUCAACUACUACAGAUCAGUUAAUUAUUUUUAUUCGAUCAUUUUUGAGUGAGAUGGCGGAUGAGGAGGACAAAUUACUUUCGUUGGGGAUAAAUAUGAACGUGAACGAACAACUGCGCCUGCUUAAGGCCUGGGUGUUUGUUUUAAUUAAAUCAUGUGGUCUAUUACAUUUGCAGCUAUUUUCCGAUACUCUUUGGAACAUGGUAAAAUUGUAUGUGAGGGAGUACCCUGAGACAGUGCGAGCGUUAAUAGUGGGAACAUUGAAACCUGUGAUUAAUACGCAGAAGGCAAAUCUGAAUAAUGUUUACCAGAUACAGCAACAUUUUAAGAAUCUAAUUGAUAGCUCUAAAUUUUCCAGAGUAGAUCUGAAAGCCUUGGAAGCUUUGUUGUCUAAGGAUAGCAGGGCACAUUUUGCUGACGAAUUCCUAAGUAAGAAUUGGACCGAAAUAAUUGAAACCCUAUACUCAACCGGACCUCACGGUUUUUCAGCUUUAUGGGGAAAGAAGUUGGGAAUACUAAGCUACCUUUCUGCUUCAGAGGAACGAUUGAUUUCGCUACUCUCUGAAUUGGGAAUUGCCGAGCCAGCUAUGCUAACAACAUUUCCACUUCUAGGCUCUUUACUAUUAAAUGAUAACUUUAAAAAGAGGCGACCAGGCUUAUAUGAAAGAGUUCCUCUAUUAAGGGCCCUCAGAAAUACUGAUAGUAUUAGUAAGGUUGAGACGCAAACAGUUAGCGACGGGGAUAUGGACGUCAUUAGGAACAUAUUCCCACACAUAACAGAUUACCAGAUAGAAUUUCUACUGGGCCAGUAUGAAAACAAUUGUGAAUUAACUAUAAAUGCUUUGCUUGAAGACUCCACUAUUGUGGAUAAAAUACCGGUGGAAAAUGAAGAAACAAAACUGAAUGGCCGUUCCUUAAAAUCUGAAAAUAGUAAGAUCGAGCUUAAAGUAAGAGAUAAAGUGAUCAGAAAACGGCCCGAAAGCGUAACCAAUAUUCCUGAUGAGGUUCGGAAUAGAACAAUGAUUCGAACGCUUGAAUUACUGUACUCCGAAUAUGAAGACGAGAGAGACGAUACCUACGAUGACGCAGAAGUUACUAGGACAUCCACGGACAGGGUUCCUAUCGAAGGACCAGCCAAUGAGGAAAUAUCGGCCUACGAAAAGGUGGAGAGUUAUCUUUGGGAUAUUCUAAGGAUUGAUAAGACCCUAUUCGAUAGGAAACUGAGAGGAACAUCCAAGAGGAAGGAAAUGAAGAAAGUUACAUUAUGGUCCGAUGAACAAAUCGAAGGAUGGGCUCGUAUGCUUGAAAGAAGUCCCAGGAGGGCCCAACUCCUUGAAGAGAAAUACAUGUUUUGGGGUAAUAUUCGUAAGGGAAAGACAUCGUACGUUAAAAAUGUUGACGGUGAAGAAUUACCUGAAAGGAGCAUCAACACGAACUCUCGGAAUCACAGUAGAAACGUUCUUCCGUCAUCACCUGAUGGAAAACCUUCAAAGAAGCAACAUGCAAAUAAUGAACGGAAUAAAAAAUCUCGUGCAAAUCACAAUAGGAAGAUAGGACACGAUAAAAAAAUAGGUCGCUCAGGUCCAUCUUAA